GUGGAGCCAAUCGUAACCCAUCAGACGAUACAAGUAGAGUGGUUGCCAUCCAUCAAGCUCCGAACAUAGGUCAUUUCGACCAGUUGGGUAUGAUUUCUCUCCUCUCUUGUAUUCAAUCAAAAUUACCCUGACCUCAGGUACAUUUUGUUAGGUACCGCCGGAUAUCGGUGCAAAUGAGAUUCGACAGCUUCCAUCGUACAUACUACCUACAUACAACCAGCCAGCCAACCACCAGGCUGAAGAAGAAGAAGAAGAAGAAGAAGAAGAAGAAGAAGAAGAAGAAGAAAAGGGAGCACAAAAUGCAGCCCGAUUACCCGGACAGGACAGAGUAAGUGGGACAUUGAUUUCAGAAAAUGGUUCAAUCUCUGGUCAGAUCAGGUCACCUGG